GGAGAAGGGGAGGGCAUCGCCGAAAUUACACGGGAGACUUUGGGCCAAAGCUUUUGCGUCCGCUGCCAUAAGUAAACCAAAAACACAAACGCUCUCUCUCCCAAGCUGCUUUUGGCUUUUGGCAUUGCAAUUUUUGCACUCGUGCAAGCAUGGCGAAGCAGCAAAAGCAGCUGGUUUUGCUAAUAUUAUCGCUCUCCUUGCUCUCCUUUUGCUUUCAUUCCUCACUUUCAGAGAUCAUUUUCGAAGAGCGCUUCGACGACGACGAAUGGCGAAGCCGUUGGGUGACGUCUGCCUGGAAAAGCAGUGAAGGUAAAGCAGGUUCCUUUAAACACACAGCCGGAAAGUGGUCCGGUGACCACGAUGAUAGAGGAAUUCAGACAUCUAAUGAUGCCAAGCAUUUUGCCAUAUCUGCAAAGAUACCGGAGUUCAGCAACAGGAACAGGACGUUGGUCCUCCAGUACUCGAUCAAGUUUGAGCAGGAAAUUGAAUGUGGUGGCGGUUACAUAAAGCUUAUCUCUGGAUUUGUUAAUCAGAAGAAAUUCAGCGGGGACACUCCAUACAGUUUAAUGUUUGGUCCCGAUAUUUGCGGCACGGACACAAAGAAGCUCCAUGUCAUAGUCUCCUACCAAGGCCAGAAUUACCCCAUCAAGAAGGAUUUACAGUGUGAAACUGACAAGUUGACUCAUUUCUACACGUUCAUUCUGCGACCUGAUGCAACUUAUAGUGUCCUAAUAGACAACCGUGAAAAGGAUUCUGGAAGUAUGUACACAGAUUGGGAUAUUCUGCCUCCAAGAAAGAUAAAAGAUGUUACUGCAAAGAAGCCGGCUGACUGGGAUCUUAGAGAAUACAUUGAUGAUCCCAAUCACAUCAAACCUGAGGGUUAUGAUUCAAUUCCGAGAGAAAUUCCGGAUCCAAAAGCAAAGAAGCCCGAAGAAUGGGAUGAUGAAGAGAACGGUCUGUGGAAAGCUCCAAAGAUACCAAAUCCAGCUUAUAAAGGACCAUGGAGACCCAAGAAAAUCAAGAACCCAAAUUACAAAGGGAAGUGGAAGAUUCCUUGGAUUGAUAAUCCAGAGUUUGAAGAUGAUCCUAAUCUCUAUGUGCUUAAGCCAAUUAAUUAUGUUGGUGUCGAAGUUUGGCAGGUAAAGGCUGGUUCAGUUUUCGACAACAUUUUAAUUUGUGAUGAUCCUGAUUAUGCAAAACAAGUGGUCAAGGAAGUCUUCGCCAAUAGAGAGGCUGAAAAGGAUGCCUUUGAAGAAGCAGAAAAAAGGAGGAAAGCACAGGAGGAAGAGGAGGCUCAAAGAGCAAGAGAAGAGGGAGAAAGGAGGAGAAGAGAGAGGGGUUAUGAUCGAGGUCACCGAGACAGACAUAGAGACAGAUACCGAAGGCACCGUAAUUGGGAUCACUAUGAUCAUGACGAGCUAUGAUUGGGUCUCCUCCGGCCUCCAUCUUCCUCUUAGAUUUCCGGUCAUUUUUUUCUGUCUUCGUUUUCAAGAAAUGCAGAGUCACUUUUUUUUUCUCAAGUUUUUUAUGGCAUUGUUUUACAAUGUCCUUGUUCGUGUAAACUUUAUUUCUGAAUGUACGCAUGGAUAAUGUAUUUUGCAUAAAUACUCAAGUAGCAGCUGCCCGCCUCACAAGCCUGGCUUUGUUUCUCUGCA